GGUGCGGCGCUGCGUUCCCCCGGGCGGCUGGGCCCCCUGCGCUGCGGGGGGCGCCCUGGCCCGGCCGCUGCCUGUUGCUGCCGCCGGUGUAAGACCCCGUGGCAGGAUGAGCAGGCACGAUGGCUACAGUGACCCAGAAGCACUUCCUGGAAGGGCAGACUUACUCUGUCCCUCUGAUCCAACCUGACUUGCGCAGGGAAGAGGCUAUUCUGCAAGUUGCGGAUGCACUUCAAUACCUUCAGAAAGUGUCUGGGGAUAUCUUCAACAGGAUCUCCCAGAGGGUAGAGGCCAGCCGGACGCAGCUGCAGACAAUUGGUGAGAGAGUCACUCUCGCUCAGGCUAAAAUUGAGAAGAUAAAGGGCAGCAAGAAGGCUAUUAAGGUGUUUUCCAGUGCCAAGUACCCUGCUCCAGAGCAGCUACAGGAAUACAGCUCUAUUUUUGCUGGCGCAGAGGAUCCAGCCAAGCAGAAAGGGCAGAAACACAAGGUUCAGAGCAAGCACAGAGUGCUGGAUGAGAAGUGCCUGCAGGAGAAGCUGAAGUACUUCCCAGUGUGUGCAAGCACCACAGUGCACCAGGAGGAUGAUGCAGAAGAAGGCCUUGGCAGCCUCCCCAGGAACAUCAGCUCCCUUAGCUCCCUGCUGCUGUUCAACACCACGGAAAACCUGUAUAAGAAGUAUGUCUUCCUGGACCCUCUGGCAGGAGCGGUGACUAAGACCCAUGUUGCUCUGGAAACUGAGAUGGAGGAGAAGCUCUUUGAUGCACCUCUGUCUAUUACCAAAAGAGGGCAGUUGGAUCAACAGGUAGCUGAAAAUUACUUCUACGUCCCUGAUCUGGGGCAAGUGCCUGAGAUAGAUGUGCCUUCCUACCUGCCUGAUCUGCCCGGCAUUGCAGCUGAUCUCAUGUACAGUGCAGACCUGGGGCCUGGCAUCGCACCCUCAGCCCCCAGCAGCGCAAUCCCAGAGCUACCCACCUUCAGUACAGAGUCAGCAGGGGCUUUCCAGCCAGGUCUCCCGGAUGGUGUGCUUAUGCCCCCGCCUCCUCCCCCGCCUCCUCCCCCACCUCCUGUUAUGCCAGCUACUGCACCCCCUCCGCCUCCUCUGCCCCAGCCUGCAGCCCUUUCCAAAUCACCCAAGGCAGCAAAUGAGGAAAGCAGCAGUGCAGUGCCUGCAGCUGCAGUCCAGGGGGCUCCAAAGGAAGUUGUGAACCCUUCAACUGGCCGAGCCACUCUUCUGGAGUCCAUCCGUCAGGCUGGGGGCAUUGGAAAAGCCAAUCUACGGAGUGUCAAGGAGAGAAAGCUGGAGAAGAAGAAGCAGAAGGAGCAAGAGCAAGUGAGAGCUACGGGUCAAGGUGGAGACUUGAUGUCAGACCUCUUCAACAAACUGGUGCUGAGGCGCAAAGGCAUUUCAGGUAAGGGGCCAGCAGCUGCAGGAAAUGCUGAUGCUCCAGGGGGCCCUGCCGGUGCCUUUGCACGUGUGUCGGACACGAUACCACCCCUCCCGCCCCCACAGCAGCCUCCUGGUGAGGAUGAAGAUGACUGGGAGUCAUAAAUGGUGCCAGCCUCAGGCCCUGGAUUGAUUUCCUGUUACUCAUCAGUGAAUUCACCACUGCUGAGCUAAGCACCUCAGAUGGACCAGCUUGUGGAAAUAUCCUCUGGAGGGUGGGCACUGGAUUGGCAGAGGGACCCUGUCAUUUCUUCUUAGUUCCUGCUGUUCCAGCUCAUCUCUAACCCUUGCUGAAUAUAGUUAUCAGUGAGUGUUACUUCUGCUGUUUGCUUUCCCCACCCCAAAUCAUACAUUUGAUCUCAGCCAUUGCUGCUGCUCAAUAAACCCUGCUGUAGCUUGAGGGCUGUUGUGCUGCUGAUGCUCAAGAAGCAGAAUGAGCAUCUCUCCCUAUUAAGGGGCCUUCAGUCUUUCUGAAUGUGAUACAUGCCAAUUUGCUGCAAGAGCUGUGCUUGCAAAACAGCCCUUGCCUCUCUGUGCCCCUUGCUGACAGCCGAUUGUUUGCCUGGAUGCUCUUGCGUGUGAGUUCUGGGAAUAGAUGGGAAUGUGUGGGAUUUGAAACCACCCAGUCCUAAAGUGGGUCAAAUAGAAAGCAGCAGCACUGAAGAAGCUACUAUGAAACCAACUAACUGCAGUGGAGCUAUGGCUGUGUUCUUUCUUAUUAGUACAAAUGGUUUCUACAUGCAUCAUACCAUAACUCCAGGAACAAAUGCACAGCAGCCUCUUCUCCAUCCUACUUGAGGAGAUGAGUGGAGUGCUCUUAAUUAAUAUCUCCAGGGAAAGCCCAGCUGUCCACCAUUAGUCUCUGGCAGAGCUAGUGAACAGCAUGCAUUUUCUAGACUAGUCUGGCCAAGGCAGAGACUGGAGGUGCUAAGUGGGCCAGGUACUGUACACCUGAGGGUUUUCUCAGAGCUUAGGCAAGAGCCUGAAAGCUGGACUAGGGGUAGAAAAGGAUGAAGCAGCUACAGCAAAGUGUCUACAGAUAACUUUUAAUAAGCAGCUGUUUCUCCCCCUGGGGCUAAUUAGAUGGGACCUAGAGUUCCUCACAGUACUGGCUCUUUGUCUAAUCUUCACUUUGUGCCCACUUCAGAGCUGGGUUUGCCUGAACACUGUGCUGUAGGGGAAGGUAGAGUCCAGCUCCAGAAAAACCAAGCAUAUAAAAAGAUUUAAUACACUUGUGUAAGCCUGAAGAGGGGGUAUUCUCUUUCUCUCUAUAGAAGGGCAAGAGUAGUGCAAGGGCUUCCUCACCUCUGAACUCUUCUGUGAGCGACAGGUGUGGAUUUUCUUAGCCGCAACCCUCUGUACUGCCUCUGACUGUUCAUAACAAAGCUAAGAGGGGGCAGCCCCUUCCUUUUCUCUUCAUUUAUUCUAGUGUGCAAAUACAGAAAGGGGUUUAAACUAAAUUUACCCUCUCUUCUUUGUCAUGUUUGAGCUACCCUUUCUCAUCUAUAAGCUGCAUGAAUGUGGUUUGCAGGAAAAGCAGAGGUAAAGUUGAACAGCUGGAGGGGCUGCUUGCAGAGAAAGUAGGGUGAUCAAAGGAAAACAAAAUAAAUGAUGCAGUGUUUUC